GGCGAAUGCUACAUUGUGAAAAGGCACUGAUUUCCUCUACAUCUAUGUGAGCCACUCCAUUCUACACAGAGGGAGGUCAUGGGUGUCAUAACGCUACAAUUUGUCACAUUUAGGGCGCACUCCCCCCCCUACGAUAGAAGUGGGUUGGGCUGUCAUCAUUUAGCCACGCGUUUGGAACGUGAGUAUGUUUCUUUUUUCUCCCCUCUCCGCGUGCUGCCUCGACCUGUUGCCCAGACAGCCUGGCGACUGUGCAAAAAACAUGGUGUGUGUCAGUAUUAUCAGCGACAAGUCCAACUUCGGACGCAUGGAUACAGACAAAUCGGAGUUUCAGCCAUGGCGAGACUACAUGGGCUUGGCCGAAGCUGUGCGAGCUAUCUGUCUGAGGGAUUCUUCGCCCGAAAAGAAGAUGACGGCUGGCGAAUUCUUUCCGAGACCGGAGGAGAGGAAAGGUAAUAAGCCUUCCACAGUGCCCGGGCGCUAUCGAUAUAGCAAAGCGCCUGGAGACAGGCCCGCAAUGAUCAGGGGCUGCUGCAAAUCCGCUCCAGUGAUGCAAGCGUGCAAGGACUCCCCGCCGAGGCGACCCUUGGCAUCCCCGCCACGCUUCGCCAACAAGGUCUCGCCCCGAACGCCCAGGUCCAAGGAGCGAAAGAAGCCGCCGCACUCUCCGGCGUCUUCCGAGGCCUCCUCUCCGCCACAGAUGUUCUGCAGCUUCUGCAAGCACAACGGAGAGGGGGAGGCCAUCUUCACCUCGCACUGGCUGAAGGACCAGUGCGGGGACGUGGUGUGUCCGUUCCUUCGCAGCUACGUGUGUCCGACGUGCGGCGCGACAGGCACCAGGGCGCACACCAAGCGCUUCUGUCCCCUGGUCGAGAGCACCUACAGCUCCGUGUAUACAAAGUAACAAAGCUGGCAACAACCCCCCUCGGGAUGAAGGCUCCUACCUCUGUGCGUGCUCAUCACAAGGUGAAAACUUGUGGCGUUGAAGCACCGUGGUGCUUUUGGGUAGCCUAACUAGGCCGUGGAACACUUAUUUUAGCAGUUCAUGUGUUUCUUUAGAUUAGUAGUUGUAGAUUCGUUCCUGUGUUGUUGUUCCUGUCUACAUGAGGCAGGACUUGGUUGAGAACGUUUAAAAAAAAAAAAAGGUCGACCCUACCUCGGUUUGGUAACACAGGUUUGCGUGUAUCUGUUCUUAUUUAUUUAUUUAUUUUUGUUGCAUGCUGUGCUGUGCUGUGCUAUUUAUGUGUGUUUGACACGCUAGGGUGUGAUUUUUGUUAUCUCCCUGCACGGGUUUUUGUUGUGUGUUUUCCUUUUUUCUAUGAGUAGUUUAGUUGUGUCUCCUUUUGACAAUCCUGUAGUCCAUCAGAACUGUGAACUGUCUGCACAGAACGGGUGCUAUCAAACCUACCUGUUGUGUACUUUUGGUCCAGAGCCAACCUUUUCAACUCCAGCGCUGAACACGAACGUCCUACAUACAGUCAUCACGACCCCACUGUGGCCAAUGACCCAUCAACAUGAUCUGUUUUGAAUUUAUAUUUUGCGUAUAGGUAUAUCAAGCAUCAUCAACCAUGUACAUGAAUCAUUGUAAAAUAUACCAACCAUGAACAAAAAAAGAA